CCUCGAUCUGGACUAGAAUCCGGAAGUGAAAAAUAUUUUUCAAAAACUUUUCAACUUUUUAUAUUUAUCACGAUUAUGUAAUCCUAGGCAGUCAGUCAUCAUUUCUCAAUUAGUAAAAGCAUUUGUUGAUUGGCAAGAUGUCGUAUCGUAAGAGUGUAACACGACAUAGUGCCAUAAACAUGGAAACUUCUCAGGCUACAGUUAUCAAACAGGGAUACCUGAAGAAGGCGCCAAAUGCAAAUAAGUUUGGGGCAUCAUUCAAGAAAUGGGAAAAACGCUGGUUCGUUUUUUGCGUGAAAACAGACUAUCUUCCUUAUUUGGAAUACUAUGAAAAUGAGGAUAGUGUUCUGAAGCACGAGCCUAUCAACACAAUCCUUCUUGCAAAUUGUCAACACAUACUGCAAAAUCUGAUGGAGCUUAAACACCAGAACACAUUUACAAUAACUUUAGAAGAUCGGGUACUUCAUCUAGUUGCAAAUUCUAGGAUGGAAAUGGAAGAGUGGAUUGCUGCACUGAAUGCUAAAUUAAAAGAAAUGGGUAUAAUAAAGAUAGUGACAAAUGAUUAUGACCUUGAAAGAUUACCAAUGGGACUAAGCCAACAGGAUAAUCGGAAAAAUCCUCGUGACCCAACUUCUCCCUUACCCGAACCCCCGGAAAAAGGCGGAAAAUCUGAUGAUUUGAAGAAAGGCAAUAAUUUAGUCAGCACCAAAAAAUCUGAAGAGAAUCACUAUGCUGUGUCCCCAUUACGAGUUGCUCUACCCCCGGAUUUAGGCUUAGGAACUCCAACAAAUAAAACAAUUUCUGAUCCAGAUGAUUUUACAAAAUCUCCACUCAUCCAAGAUGGGAAAAAUUUAUUUGAUUUCAUGGAAGCGGAUGACCUAAUUAAUGAGAGAAAUGAGCGUCUAGAAAGACAGUUUAGUGAAACAAAAGUGGCAAACAAUGAGAAUAGGCCAACAAGUAAUGAGUAUGCAACUCCUGAUGAUCCUACGCAAUCAAUGAAUAAUCAUGCAGUGUUAGCUAGACAAGGCUCAAGGUCUGUUGGAAUUGUUCAAGGUGCAACUCAACUUGGUGAGGAGCCUAUCCACCGUAACAUUGAACGACAGAAUUCUCGAUCUUUGUCAUUCUUCCAUGGUAACACAACAGAUGAAACUGUUCCGAAAUCUCCAGUUGCAGAGUUGAACUUUGCACCACCUGUGCCAUUACGGAGAUCCCCAGGUGGCGCUCAGCUAGCUCAAAGAUCUCCUAGCGUGAAUGAAUCUUCCAACCCAGGAACCACCCCACAUGCCCAUCCGCCUUUACAACGUGCCCAUACAACCCAAGGUGUACUCCCGGUCUCCCCACCCCCUUACUCAGAGGAACCUCCUCCUCUUCCCCCUUACUCCCCCAGAACCCCGAUUCCUGUCUCCACUCCUAAUAAGCCAAAGGUGUAUGUAGGUAAUGCUAAGACUGGACGGUCCCUGACGCAGACACUUGUAGAGAACCUGAAUAGGGAGAUAGAGCACCCUGGAGGUGUCAAGAUAAUGCUGAGGCAGUCUGAUUGUUAUCGUGGCAUAGCACUGGUGGAUGCAUACGAUGCAGUGUGGGUUGCAGGUUGGAAUCAGCUUGAGAAGCCACAUCUUCAUAAUGCUUUCCACAUAGGGGACCGUAUUGUUAGUAUAGGGGGACAUGUUAUAGAGUCUUCCGUAGAUGCACAGAAAAUCAUCAAGCACUCCCCUGCUGGUGAAAAAUUAACAUUUAUAGCAUAUAGGGCACCAUACGCCAAGGCAUAUGCCAUAAAACGCUCGGCCGAAGGACAAAGUCUCGGGAUUAAACGAGAAGGAGGAACAUCUGAGAUAUUAUUGGUCGACCCUCAAGGAUUGGCGGCAAAGGUGGGAGUCCCCUUAAGAGCUACAAGCGUUGAUAAGAGCUCUUUGGUGAACUGGUGCCUCACUGAGAUUAACAUGAGGCCACUUAACCUCUUCUUCAAGGAAAGUGAGAUUGAGUAUAGACUGAAUGCAGUAGGCAAGGACAUUUCCUUAGUGCUCCAGCCAAUAGACUUUGUUGCCAUGUUGAAGAAGCAGUUGAAGAAACUAAAGAAUUACAAAGAUUUCUUAGUGCAGUGAUGACUUUCUUGGGAUCUGGAUGUAGUGAUAUUAUGAAUUAACCUUAUUGGACAGACUAAAGGGUAAUUUUGAUAAGGGUUUGCUGCAUAGUAUAUGCAAGUACAUUGGGCCUGGUACUUAAACUCUCUCUCUCUUGGCUUACAAAUGUCAAAUUCAAAUUGAUGAAUUUGAUUGAUAUUUAUAAUAUAAACCAUACAUAGAGUUAUCUUUCUGCAAUAAAGCAACUGGAUGCUGGACAAUGUUGAAAAUCUGAAAAUUAUGGUCGACCUUG